GCAACUCUGGUGGUUUUGUAGAUUUAACACGUCUCCAUACAUUCUGAGAGAAAACUAUUAAAGAUUCCUACACUAUCUACCUGCCAUUUACGCUUCCUAUACUAGCUCACUCUAUGUUAUAAGCACCUCCCACCUUCCUCCACCUUCAAUUCUCCAAACCACCACCACCUUCAUUAAUGCUUUCUUUCACCUCCAACUCCCAUUAAGUAAAAACUAUUCUCACAGUACCCAUAAUUAUGUUCUCAUACUGAAUAUGGCAGGCACAUCAAGAUCACUAUCCUCUUUUCAGUUAUGCUUGGUGAAGUGAGAGAAAUUCUGCUGACUUGCUGUUCUUGGUUUUUCUUUCUUUUUUUUUUCCUUGAUUCUCGGACAAUCUCAUAGUCACAUCCCUGGAUUCUUGCCGUGCUUCGUGAACGUGAACAAGCGUCAGCAUUUUCAAAUUCUCUGCCAUAAUUCAAAAGCUAGCUUAGUUAUACAAGUUUACUACCUAUAAAUUUCCACUCCCAAAAAAAGUAGUUCCGUGUUUCUUGUGGUUUUGAGAAAUGGGUAAUUGUCAAGCUGCAGAAGCAGCAACCGUGGUGAUUCAACAUCCGGGAAACAAGAUCGAGAGGAUUUACUGGUCUGUUAGCGCUCAUGAGAUCAUGAAUUCGAAUCCCGGACACUAUGUGGCUCUCGUCGUUACAUCUCCAACGACGAGGACAGAAAAUGGGUUGUCAGUGAAGCAGCUCAAGCUUCUUCGACCUGAUGAUACUCUGCUUAUUGGGCAGGUCUAUCGACUCAUCAGUUUUGAAGAUGUGUUGAAAGAGUUUUCUUCAAAGAAGUGUGUUAAACUAGGAAAGCUGUUGAAAGAUAGACAAGUGCUUGGAGUUGCAGCAGAAAUGAAGAGGAUGGACUCUGGUGGGAUAAGUUUGAAUCCAAACCCAAAUCCGAAUCCGAACCCCAGUUCUAAAUCUAAGAACUGCAGCUCUGUUAAGGUGGAGCAGGAGGUUCACCGACUGGGAAGCAAUGGUGGCAGUACAAGCAGCAGCAGCAGCAGAGGAGGAAUGACAAGGCAUCAUGGUGGUGGGGGGCAAUGGAAGCCAGCCUUGCAGAGCAUUUCAGAGUUUGGAAAUUGAAAAACACAACAAACAUUACUAUCGUGACACCCCAAGGGCAAGACCCUCCUGGCCUGAUCUGCUCCCUCCACUGUCAUUCUCUUUCCUUGAAUAAAAGCAACAAAUAUAAAAAAACAUGCCCAUCUUUUCACUCUUUUCAAUACAUUUAUAUUCUCUUCUCUUUCACUUUAUAGAACAUCUGCACAUUAUAUUAGCUUCCACUACUAGAAUUAGCUAAAGCAAGGGUUUCUAUUAGAUAUAUGUAACUCAUCUUGGCACGUAUCAGAUACUUAACUCAUAUGCUUAAAUGUGAUGAAUUAAUUACCCGCUUGCUUUGUC